GUCCACGUUCCACUGGACCCAAACCAGGGUUCAGCGCAUGCAUGUCUUCCAGCCUGCCGAACGCCUGAACAUUCCACGCCACAGUUUGGACGCUGACUGGCAACAGACACUGCAGACAUUGCAAACACUCCGAGGUGGUCCCCAGCCCUGUGACCUGGUUAUUCGCAGAUCACCAUCAAGCUCCAAUCUGCGCUUCCGCAAUCGCGCGCAUCGCCGAUCUCCAUCACGUACCGAGGAAGUUCAAGGGACCGGCGCAUUACAUUGACAGGAAAUGGCCGAGCCAGCUUCAGCAGCGCCCACCAGGGACCUGCCGCCGAUUCCGCCUCCUCAACACGCCAAUGCGUACUCCGAUUCGAAUGCCGCCUCUGGAAGCAUACGCAGACCUCCGAUCCCAUCUUUCAGCAUCGACAAUCAUGCCGAUACAGUCGCGGGAGGCCGCGAUUCGAGGCAGUCUGGCUCGUCCCUUACACCAAGCUCGGUCGGUCACUCAAGAACACCGUCGCGAGAGACUCCAGACGUAGGAGGUAGCAGGGACUCGACUGCCUCGGAGGCGGUGACCAGGGACAUACCAAUUCGCCAGUUGCACAUCAGCAAUGGCUCUUAUAACAGCCGGUUCUCCCAUGCUGGGGAGCUAGAAACGGCCAGCGUGCAAGACGAGCCCGAAUCUGUCUACACUCCUCGAGAGCAGCAUCAAGCUGGUCACUACUCGCAGCCCACACCCCCUCUUACCGCACCCCCUCUUGCCACAAACCUCGAACGCGACCCUAUGCGCUCCCCGGUCCACUCUCCGCUUCAGUCCCCGGGCGCUGAUUCAAAUCAUGGCUUUGACUUCAAUGCAGGGUCACCACUGCAAGUUCCCCGCACGACACAUGCGCGACCCAGCUCCGCCUAUACGCUUGGGUCCGAAUUGAAUGCACGCGAUCGUACACAUUCCCCGCAUCUUUCGGUGGGUGGAUCUCCGUCGCCCAAUGGCUCCCCAGUCAACUACCAGCGACAGGCCUCGGCAAACCGCAGGUCUCCAGACGCAAGGCCCGUCUCGUACGUGGACUUGCUGAAUUUGCCAUACAACCAGCAGAUAGCACCGGCUGCGAAUAUAGGAAAUUCGCAGCUGCGAGGCGCUGUUGGACAGAAUGCUUCGUUGCUCGAGACCAAAAAGACGUUGGAAAUGUACAGAGCCAACGUCAAAAAGACGCAGGACAGUCCGGUUCAGUACGAGUUCGCACUGUUCAUGGUACAGGUCGCACGCGAGAUCACAACUGCCGGCCCUUCGAACGAAGACCAUGGUUUGACACCUGCAGAGAUGUUGAAGGAAGCACGACAGAUUCUGCAGCGCCUAGCUGAUCGUAGCUACCCGUUCGCGCAAUACUACCUUGCAGAUGGCUACGCCUCCGGUCUAUUCAACAAGGACAAGCCGGACUAUGAUCGAGCUUUCCCAUUGUUCAUUGCUGCGAGCAAACACGGUCACGCCGAGUCCGGUUACCGCGCCGCCCUUUGCUACGAGUUUGGCUGGGGAUGCCGCAAAGAUUACGCCAAGGCUGUACAAUUCUUCCGUGCUGCGGCGUCCAAGAAUCACCCAGGAGCUGCUACGCGACUUGGUUCUGCGUGUUUAAGGGGUGAUAUGGGUCUCCAGGGCAAGUACAGGGAAGGUGUGAAGUGGCUGAAGCGCGCCUCCGAAUCCGCCGAUUACCAAUACAACAAUGCGCCGUACGAGCUCGGUCUCCUGCACGAGACAGGCUACGGCGAUGACAUCUUUAAGGACGAGAUCUAUGCAGUCCAACUGUUCACUCAGGCCGCCGAGUUGGGACAUCCAUCCGCUGCCCUGAAGCUGGGCGAAGCUUAUGAGCAUGGACUGCUGUGUUGCCCUAAGGAUGCUGCACUCUCAGUCCACUACUACAACUGCGCCGCUCAAGCUGAUGUCCCCGAAGCUAUGAUGAAUCUCUGUGCGUGGUAUAUGGUCGGUGCUGAGCCGGUAUUGGAAAAGGACGAGAAUGAGGCAUAUGAAUGGGCAAAGAAGGCUGCGGAACAUGGCCUCUUCAAAGCCGAGUACGCCUGCGGCUACUUCACAGAGAUGGGUAUUGGCUGCAGACGUGAUCCGUUGGAAGCAAACGUCUGGUACGUUAAGGCUGCCGAUCAUGGAGACGAAAGAGCAAAGCAACGUCUUGCCAUCAUCCAGGCUGCUGCUUCAGGUCAAGCGAGCACACCUGCAGGCAACGAGAAGGGCAAGCUGAAGAAGGCUGGGAAGGAAGGUAAAGACGAAAACUGCGCAGUAAUGUAAGGUUUUGGUCUUGGUCUUGACCACCCUCUCCCGCUGAGCACACACGUACAUUGGGAGAUGAGUUGUCCGGAUAUUGGGCUGCAUCACGGUAUCGCGAAUUUGCAAGUAUGGCUGCAUAGAGCGCUAGGUUUGUUGUUUUGGCAUUUGCGUUGCGUUUUAUACCAGGACCCUAGGAGAGUAAUGAGUCAACGUGGACAGCUAGAUGAUCGAAAUGGACAAUGUUCGGGGCCAAUCUGGCUCCGGAACCAGCAGGCACUCUUGUAGCAUCGAGUCUGCGGGGACAGUAGCAAUCAUUAACUUGACCCCAG